UGCUUGGCAAGCAGUCGAGCCUGAGGCAGACAGUUCGAAAGCUAUGAAGUGGGAUGAAAGUCGGCUCUUGAUGCAUAUUUUGUUGGUGAUUUUCCUCGUUUUUCAACUAUUCAGCUCGUCGAUUCUAGUGUCCUCUCCGGAGGAAACGGUGGUGGAAGAUUUCUUUAUCUGUCGCUCCUGUGGACAUGACGUCAGUUUGUCGAACUUCUUACUGAACAAACACAGCCCGCUGGCACUUGGCUUCAGUAAUCAGACGUUGUCCACGGGGAAGAAAAUUACCGUACAGGAGGUUCAGAAUACGCUGGGAAUUCGGUUCAAGAUAGUAAUCGUUCAACAAGCGUACUGUGCUAAAAUCGAAUCGUGGAUAUCGUUGCAUUCGUGGUUCCCCGGUUACGCGUGGAAACUUUGCGUGUGUCCCAAGUGUCGAACGCAUCUUGGAUGGAUGUUUGAGCCUAUUGAAACUGCCACGUACGAUCGUUAUUUCCCAACCGAGAAGGGAUUCUAUGCGCUGAUUUACAACAACAUCAUAUCGGAAAAAUACGUAAACUCAUUGCUUAUGCGAGAAAAAAUCCUGCGAGAGAACUAAAUCAAUCUAGAUAAAACGUAAACUAGCCAACAAUGGUCGACCCAAAGAGACACAUCAACAUCCUCUCAGAGGAGGAUCAGCUGUUCUUGAACGAGUGCGAAGAGGAGUUUAAGGAUCGCUUUUCGGAGGACGAUUCGGCCUUCGUGGCAU